GGGACCGGGGAGAGGAGGAGGAGGAGGAGGAGGCGGCCAUGACCAAGUACUGCCGGGCGCCCAACUGCUGCAACUCCGCCAAGGAGCCGCGGCCGGACAACCGGCGACUCAGUUUUUACAAGUUUCCUCUGCACAAUCCUGAACGUCUCCAGCAAUGGCUCUCCCAGAUGAACCAAGAAAAGUGGGUCCCGACGAAGCACCAGCACUUGUGCAGCGAUCACUUUGCCCCGUCCUGCUUUGAAUACCGGUGGGGGUCGCGCUUCCUGAAGCCUGACGCUGUUCCCACCAUCUUCCAGACCUCAGAUGGCUCGCUGAAGAGGGAAAACCCGGCCAGGACUUCCUCCGAUGUCCCAGCUAAGAAGCUCAUCAUUGAAUGCCAAGGGGGGAGGAGUGUGCCAGGACCCCAAGCCAUAAGCCACCCCGAGCCAAACGCCCUGGAAACGCUUGCCAUCGCCAUUGACCCCAGCGUGGCAGCUGCCCCAGUCUACGUGGAGACCCAGCCCUCCGCCUCAGACCUCCAUGCCCUCUCAGGCCCCUUGGUUGGGGCUGUGAACCUGCUGCCUUUGGUCCAAAUCGUGGACCCCCUCAAGGCCGUGACGCUGACUGUGGCUUCCCCGGUUGAGGCCGGCCAGCCUCUUCCGGACCGGGUGGAGCAGCAGGUGGUUGACUUCUUGGCCUCGCUGCCGCCGGCGACCCUAGAAGCUACGGCGGGCUCGUCCAGGGGGGCCUCUGAACCCUUUUGUGCAGAGGUGGCCGUGCCCUGCGAGGUGGUGGCAGCCGCCGGCCAGCCGCCGCUGCGGGCCCUGGUGGCCGACCCAGCCGUGGCGGAGGAGCAAGGGGCUCUCAUCAUCGAGAAUGUCUCCAUCGAGCCGUUUCUGGAGGCUGAGCCCUCCGCCGUCCUGAGCUCCCUGCAGGAGCCGCCCGCCGAGAUGGUGGCGUACUUCGAGACCAUCCCGACGGCGCCCAUCACGGCCGCUGCCUCUUCCGGCGUGACGCCCCCCGAGACGGUGCUCUCCUCUGCCCUGAGCCUCCCCAUCGUCUCCACCGUCCCCAUCGUCUCCAACCAGGCGCCUCCGGAGGCCCCCCCGGCGGAAGAGGAGGAGGAGGAGAAGCUGGAGGAGCUGAGCUCGGCCGAGUCGCUGGAGGAGCAGCUGGAGGAGCACCGCUACCACAAGCACGAGGGGACGACCUCGGAGCUCGUGGAGGUGGUGUUCGGCCUUCAGAAGAAGGUGAAGGUUCUCCAGCAGAGGCACCGCCGGCACUGCGCGAAGCUGGAGGCCAUGGAGGGGGUGGUGGAGCAGCUGCGGAAGGAGAACCUGGUGUCCGAGGAGAAGCUGAAGCUGCUGGAAAUGGCCUGCCUACAGUCCAGCACUCUUGUGCCCGAAGCCGGCAGUGCCGUGGCCAUCAUCUGCCAGGACAAUGACCAGGCUCUGGUCUAUGCCGUGCCCCAGCUCCCAGAAGAAGGGAACGAGGCCAUCAUCCAUGUGGAGGAGCAGUAAUCUCGGAGGCGGCAGAGGGCAGUUGGGAGCCAACCCUUGUUGCGUUCCGUUUGGCCGAAGGCACCUGCCGGGGAGCUCUCCGGCGCCUACGUCCUUCGGCUGCGAGAAUCUCAGGCCUGGCGCCACCGGGCCUCUUCUGAUUUCAGCUGCCUGACGCGAUGGCCUUAUUGCAACGGCACCUUAUUUUGCGGGAAAGUUGCCUGGAAUAAUUGUACAUAAAAAUUGUCUGGGUGGGGGGAAUUGA